AUGUCUUCUCAACCUGGCUUCCAUAUCAACCGGCUUCAUCGCUCCAGGGAUUCAAAACCUGAUUUUGAUCAGACAGAAUGGGGCGUGGCUGACUGUCGUGGCGGCAAGUAUCACGCAGAUUGUCGAAUCAUUCUGCUCGUUCUCAACCCUCGGACAGUUGGCGACAACUGGAAGCUCAUCGGCGAGCGUCUCGCCAGCCUUGCGAUAAAGCGGAAGCGCCAGAAAUGCAAAGCCGACAAGUGCUAUACUGGACCAUAUGGGGUAGUUGUCGAGUGUGAAGACCAAGACUCCCAGUUCUACAUCGAGACCUCGGACUCAGCCGAGGCCGAUGCGCCUACCUUGACUCGGUGGAUCUGUGACGAUCCUCCUACGAAACCUAGCCCUUUGCCAGAGUUCUACUACCCUUUCAUUCGCAGGAUGUACUCGGAUAACCAGGGUAACCCUCCAGAACAUGAGUUGGUGAGACGGGCCGGGAUGCAGAUCUUCGAUAUUUACUGCUUCGAGCUUACCCACAAGCCCUUCUUAGGAUUCGAGGUCUUCUACAAGGAUCACUGUGGAGUCGAGAGCCUUAUAGGAGAAUCUGGUACCCCUUAA